ACUGCUAGUUAUUGCUUCAUUGUGGCCCCUCUCCACAUCCCCCUAAUACUAAAAAAAAAGACUAAACUGGAGAGCAAGAAAGAAACAUUAAGCAAACAGCUAGCCAAACUCAUUGAAGCAGCGGCCACUCCUGAUUAUGAAACCAAGGUGCCAGAAAAAGUGGCAGCACUAACUGCAGAGAUUCAGACCAUCAGCAAUGGAAUUGAGACUCUACUGAAGCUGGAAUAG